AUGGCAGCCACAACGACUUACGUUAAGAACCCUCUUCUUCUUUUUAGCUCCGUUGUCUUUCCCCGGGAGAAUAUACGUCAGCCGAGGAUCUGUCGAUGCACCGUUGACGCCACCAAGUCCGUUUCCUCAACAGGAGGCGAUGUCUUCUCCAUCACUUCCUCCAAUAAGUGCGAUGUCGAUUAUCUCGGCCAAAGCACCAAAGGCGAUUUGAACCUCAAUUUCGGGAUCGAUGGCAAGGCGGCGCUAGAAGGUCCCAUUGAGGAGGUGGCCCGGAUGGAAGCUGAAGAGGCUGAGAAAUUGCUUAAACACUUGGGGAUCCCGGACCCAUUAUCUGCAAGACAUUCUCCACGGGGCAUAUUUUGUAGCCGCACUUUGAAUCUCCGGUCAAUCAGUGCCAUCGGAUAUGACAUGGAUUAUACAUUGAUGCAUUACAACGUGAUGGCUUGGGAAGGGCGAGCAUACGACUAUUGUAUGGAUAAUCUGAGAAACAUGGGUUUUCCAGUUGAUGGACUUGCCUUCGACCCAGACUUGGUAAUCAGAGGUCUUGUCAUUGACAAAGAGAAAGGCAACUUGGUGAAGGCAGAUCGAUUUGGUUAUGUGAAGAGGGCUAUGCAUGGCACAAAAAUGCUGUCUACACGAGAAGUGAGGUGUGGUUCGAACCUUUUCAUCUUGCUUAUUGCAAGGAUUGGAAAAUAUGAGCUAUUUGCCAUGCUAUCUGUAAUCAAAAUGGGUUGA